AAAAAUCAAAAUUAUCAUACAAAUAUGAGCCAAUUGCUCAGCAGGGACAGAGCAAUAAUUAAACUCGCAAAUGGCAACCAAUUGAAAACGAAGAUACAACUACGCAGGAGCAAACAAAGAGGGUUUUGCCUUUCCCCUUCAUCAUGCCCUUUAUCAAGCCCAUAUAUUCUCCUGCUCAAUAGCCUCUUUAUUCACAAACUGCUCUUUCAUUCCUCUCUGCUGGGGUGAAAUAGAUUUAAGUCUUGGUAGAAAGAUGAUCUGGAGAUGUGCUCUCGAUACAGAGUUCAUGGCUCUUCAUUAGUCAUUGCUAUCUGUGAUAAUAAAUGGCCUCUCUCUUCAAAUGCAUGAUGCAUAACUUCUUGGGACAAUAUUGUUGGAAGGUUAUCAUGCCCAGAGUCUCGAUGUCCCUCACUUUAUAGUGUAGUGGUACCUACGAGUAUCUGAGUUGAUGUGCAGGCUACGAGCUUUAUUUCCCAUGCCAGUUUUAAGCUAAACAACUGGGGCUAGCAAUAAUAGAAUAAAUAAGAUUUUUGUAACAAAAGAACUGUCCUCUUGUUUUCUGUGGCUGAGGAAGACGCAGCUUUCCUUCACUAACCAGUGAAAGAACUUUGUGCUCGGUUUUCGUGGCCCUUUCUUACAUGCCCAGGGUAAGACCAAUCACCACCUUGGGGUCAGGUAGAAAUUUUCCCCAGGCCAGUUUGGCUAGAGAUCCUGAGGGUGUUUUGACAUCUGGGCAUGGAGUAAGGGUCACGAGGUGUGUGUGUGUGGGGGGAGGUAUUUGUGAAUUUCCUGCAUUGUGCAGGGGGGUUGGAAGGGACCUAGAGGUCCUUUCCAAUUCUAUGAUUCUGACUACAAAAACUUCACACCAGUCAGGCACAAAGGGAUCAAAAGGGAAAAGGUAGUUAGUUACUGUCACAACAUACAGUUAUUGCUUGACACAUCGGGUUUGAUCUAGAAUGGCUCUGUAUAUGUAACUAGUCAAGCUCUGGUUCCACUCCUGCUCAGUCAUGCUUUCUGUCUCUCUGCUCAUGGGGGUUGCUUACUGGCCAAACCAAGUUAAUGCCUAACUGGCUGAGCAAAUGUUGCCCAGAAGGGCCAAAGGUGGAAGUUCAGAUCCAAAUGGCCAGUAGGAGGAGGCGGCUCAGGAAGGGGAGGAGUUGGAGAUAUUCUCUGUUGCUAGGCCACUUUCCAGGCAGUCAAUAGCACAGAACAAAGGAAAAAAGAACUAGCACGAAUGAAGCCAACAUGGCUUCCCAAAGCAUCCUUCCCUGUGCUCACACUGGGCCCAGAUUUCCUCCAUGGCCUCUGAGUUGCCUGUUGGCCUUGCAGCAUCUCCUGGUCCAGGCCUCCUUUCUCUGCAUCUUUCACUUGCUCUUCCUUGCCACACUUCCUCCCAGUGAGCUGGAUGGUUUUCAGUGCUGGAAUGAACUUCUGGCACGCAACUUCUUUGCCUGCGGCAUCUCUACAGCUUUACAAUGUGGACUUGGUACUGGGUUGCCAUUGGUUCAGGCACCAUCUUUUGAGUUCCUUAUCCCAGCCAUGGUUCUGACCCAACAUACAUCUCCCAUUCAUCAGUUGAAAGAAAACAGCACUGAGGCCCCUAAUGAAUAUUCUGGCCCAAAUUGCGAAAAUACACGCAACUGGGAUUGGUCGCUCCGUGAGAUCUCUGGUGCAGUGUUGAUCUCUGCUGCAGUACAAAUGGUGCUUGGAAUGUCAGGUGCCUGUGGCUGGAUUGCCAAGCGUUGCGGGCCAAUGGUCCUGGCUCCAAGCCUCUCUGUCAUUGGACUUUCAGCAUACAGGCCUGCUGCUCUUCUCUGCUCUGAAAACUGGGGGGUGGCCAUGCUACUUGUAUUGCUGAGUAUUUUGCUAUCCCAGCACCUGGCUUCCUGCCGAUUGCCUCUCUGCCAGUGGAGCCAGGCAGGGGGGCUCUUUAUAAGAUCCCUUCAUAUGUUUUCGGUUCUGCUGCCAGUCUCUGGAAUCUGGCUUGUCUUUGGGAUUCUGAAUCCUAUCCCAGUACCUUGGGAUGUGUUGCAUCCUUCUGUGCAUCAUUUGACACUUCCCAACAACACCCUGCAGUCCCCCUGGCUCCAGGUGCCUUAUCCAGGUGAGCUGGGCUGGCCUCUACUUAGUACCCCUGCAGUAGGCAUCGGUUCUGCAAUGGGUAUUGCUGCAAGUAUGAAUUCUAUAGGCUGCUACUUGCUUUGCAGCAAGGCACUAAGGGAACCGCCUGCACCACAGCAUGCAUGCAACAGAGGACUCUGUGCUGAAGGCUUAGGCAGUCUUCUGUCUGCUGUGCUGGGGAGUGUGUCUGGAACCGCCUCUAGCAUGCCCAAUGUUUGUGCCAGCCGUCUGACUCAGGCUACCUCAUUCCGCUCAGUGUGGGUUAGUGCACUGGCAUGCAUACUGUUGGGCUUAUCUCCCCGGCUGACAGGACUUCUUGCCACCAUUCCUCUAGCAGUUCAUGGAGGAAUGCUAUGUGUGACAUACAGUGUGGCUGUGGGCACUGGCAUCUCAUACUUCCAAUACACAAACAUUGACUCAGGAAGGAACAUCUUCAUUGUGGGCUUCACCAUGUUCAUGGGACUGCUGGUUCCAAAGUGGCUCUUCAGUUCACCAGGGUCCCUGACUACAGGGUGUGUUCCUGUAGACCUCUUCCUCCUUUCUCUGCUGAUGGUUCCUGCUUUUAUAACUGGUGUCCUAUCCUUCUUCUUAGAAAAUACCGUCUCAGGUACCCUGCAGGAACGUGGGUUGCUCAACCACUUGGUGUCAUGCAAACCAGAAACAGCAGAGAAUUCUCUGCAACUACACAAUAAGGAUUCUGUACCAAGACUCAAGCUGCCACUUUUCCUGAGAAUGCAGCAGCUGCCUUCAUGGUGCAAGGCCUUUCCUUUCUGUUUUCUCUGUCCCCUGAAAGAAGCAAAAGAGGAAAUUGUGAACAGUUAUCACUUGGAAGAAUUGCACUGUUCAUCAGGGGAAACUGCAGAUCUGCUACUGAAGCCUGGGACAGUGGAGCUAGAGUCAAACAUUAAACCAGAGACUCUGGAGAACCAUAAAUGUGUAAUGUUUUUAGCUAAUAAAAGGACCCUUUGCUCAGAUGCAAGUAUUAUAUGAGCAUGGGUAUCUUUUCAAAGGAGUUUUGUUUCAGACAAAUCUGGAAUCAGAUUUGGAGAAUACUUAAAAGACUGCAAAAACAGCCACAUUAACACUCCUUGCCCCAAACUCCCAGCACCUCUGCAAAAACAUAUUUACAGAAGUGCAAUUAACAUCACCUUUGGAGCUCAUUUUCUCUGCCUCUCAUAACUUAUGUUAAGACUUUCCAUUUGAUUUUUGUCUAUGUGAAUUUAGCUACUGCAUUGUACUGGACUUUAUGUAGGCCUAGUUUACAGGGCAGUUCAAGAUGUAUCAGAGUUGUAGCAGGGCAGCUGGGACGGAGAGGAAUCUACUUUAUCUUCUAUAUGUACCUCUCCUUUUCUUUUUAUUUCACUGUCUUCAGCUGUUAAGGGAGAAAAGAAUUUAUCCAACAUAUCUUGUAGCCCUGGUGUUCCAGACUAAGUUUACUGCUAACAGAAGGCACUCCCAUCAGCAGAAUAUAAUUUUCCCUUUCCCUCUUCCACUACAGCCCAUCAAUCUCCCUGAAAUGUUGCUCCUGGAAGGUAGAGAACGACAUGAGGAGCAAAUUGGGGGUCUGCAGCAAAAGGGAGAAUUGGCAGAAAUUACACCUCCCCUUCCAUUAGCAGAAAAUUUCAUCUGGAUCCCAGUCCUUGACUAAACUUCUUGUUGCAUGCUGUAUUGUACGUGCAUAUGUAUAUGCAAGGCUGAAUUUCAGCUGGAACGCAAUGGAACAGAGUUCUGGAACCUCUUGAAAAUGGUCACAUGACUGUUGGCCUCACCCCCUGAUCUCCAGACAGAGGGGAGUUUAGAUUGCCCUCCAGCGGCGCAGAGGGCAAUCUAAACUCCCCUCUGUCUGGAAAUUGGGGUGGGGCCACCAGCCAUGUGACCAUUUUCGCCGAGGGCGAUUUAAACUCCUCCCUUGUUCCAGCUGACCCAAAGUGAUGUCAUUGGCCCUGGGAGCAUGCAUGCACUUUGCUCGUGCACGUGGUACCAGGGGCACCACCUCCCGCCAAGAGUUGCCCCCUGUGCUGGCAACUCACUGAGUUCCACCACCUCUUUUCUCAGAAAAAAAAGCCCUGUGUUAGUCCACGUUAGGGUGGAAGGCUAUCUUCUUGAUGUAGUGUUGUUACAAAAUCCAGUCACACUUCAUUUGCUGUUAUAGGGAUAGACAGAGAUUGCUGCCCUGCCACUAUUGCAGCUGUGAUCUCUGCAGUAAGGAACCUGCAUCAUAAAGGAGAGAAUUGUAGCAUGCACAUGCUUAUGUUUUGUUACCAUUUAUUUUUUGUAAAUAA